CUCGACUCCCAGUUGAACCGUGGCUAAACUCCUAUCCUAGAAUGUCAAAUAGUGCGACUCGGCAACGGCAAGAUACACCCUCGAUGCGGCGAACAAGUUUAUCUCCCUCGGCCUGAAAGACCUUGGGUAUGAGUGUAUGUCGAUGUCACCCUCAAGUCGUCACCCUUGGACCUUGAGCUCCAAGCCACGAACGUUGAUCGAACCCAGACAUCAACGUCGACGACUGCUGGUCUACCAUGGCCCGGGAUGCCAGCGGAAAACUGGUCCCCAACCCUGUCAAAUGGCCCAACGGCAUUAAGGCCGUCGCUGAUCAAAUCCACAACAUGGGUCUCAAGUGGGCCUCUAUGGCUGCGCAGGCCAGAUGACCUAUGCUGGGUUCCCUGGGAGCGAGGGGAAUGUUUUAUACACAGUACAAAUGCCCCAUCUGCCACGACUACAUCGGGCGACAAACACCGCGCGGACUUUAUCGGCCACUACCCCUGGCGCCACCGUGGGACCUGUCAGAAGCGAAGGUGUAUCUACGCUUACUACGGUAUCAACGCGCGCCAGUGGCCUACUCCAAACCGGGACGAUAAGAAAAAACCGUUGCUAGAUUGCCAGGCGGCUGGAUGUCGCAAGCGGAUCGAGGGGUGGGCUGCCAGGUGCUUUUCUGUCGGUAGAAAAAGAUAUGUAGCAGUAUAUGCCUUUGGCAAAAUGACGCUGGAUUUGGGGGAGUUGGGCUAGUAGCCUGGGGCAACAAAAGUGCCGUGGUUUCCGAGGUAGGAAACCGCUGGAUGCGGCGGCAGAUGCACGUGAAAUAAGAGUACUCU